AUGUUAUACUCAAAGGAAAAACAAAUUUUCGUCAAAGGUACCGUGUCGGCGGUCACGAACAACGUUGCCGUGAACGUGUCCAAGUAUCAAAAAACGUUGCACGGUUUUGCCGUCAUUGACCGGCAAACAGUUCACGUGGUGGGUACAGAAAAUUCGGUGGAUAAUGCAGCCGAUGUUCCGCAGUAUUGUCUCGACACGAAGACCGACGUCACCCAAAUACUCUGGUGUACACUUGGCUACAUAAAUUGCCUAGUAGUCACUUGUUCAGAAGGAUUGAUCAUUUAUGAUUGUGACAAACAGUUCCAACGCAUUUACACACACAACUGCGAGGACAAAAACAUGAAGGAGAAAUACGCAAAAGGGAUAGCUGCAUUCGAGUGCACUUACCUGUGUGUCGGGAACAGUAACGGAUCAAUCAGAGUGUUCGGACCAGAUGAAGACGGACAAGUGGUGUUUUUAGACCGUAAGCUGUUCCACGGGGCUCCUAUCACAGAUAUGUCGUCUUACAAACACAAUUUGGUGUCUUGCGACGAGUCCGGUUGUACAGUACUUUCACAAAUUGAUUGUGGAGAACUCAUGAUCAUUGCACGAUCAAAAAUGUUUGGGGGACAUCCGUGUACUACAACAGAAAUGACUAGAGGUGGACUAAUGGCUGUAGGUUAUGGAUGUGGAACAAUUCGCAUGUUUGACCCAACUGUCAAACUUAUAAAUGGAGAUGCAGAAGAUCAGCUACCAAUGAUAGUCCAGAUAUCAGCACACGCUAGAUGCGUUACAUCAAUGUCAGCAGCUAAAGAUGCAGAUUUAUUGUUGAGUGUAUCCGAAGACUCAUGGAUUAGAGUUUGGAAGAUCAGUGCUACAACUGUUACAUUAGUAUAUUGCUACAUGAAAGAAGAUACCAUGUUUGUGGGAUGCCAAUUCAUUACUAGAAAUGGAUCAAAAUUUUGUACUACUGCAUAUGAUUCACCAUAUAUAACAUGCUACACAUUAAACCAGUUGUAG